UGCUCUGAUUUAACCCUCCAUAACAACCAAGAAUUCUGCUGGCUAACUCCAGAGGACAUGGUCCGUUGCCUUCUCAAUUCCAUAACCCACUUCUGCCCCACCUCCAUCAACCCAAUCAAUGCUCUCGACAUUAUUGACACUGAUGUCUUCACCGCCCACUACUAUGCUCCUGCAUCCUCGGCGUUGCCUUUGCUUUCUCAAUCCCUAGUGACACAAACCUCUGUUGCUGUUGUGGGUGUGGAUGGGAAAUUGAUUGGUGAAAUCUCACAUUUGGUGCUCAAUGCCUAUGAUGAAUCUGUUUCUGCAGCCAUCAUGACGCUUUCAGAUGGUGAUUUGAUGGUGAAUAUGGAUUGUGGUGGACCACCAGAGGACCUGGUACAGCUGAUCAAGGAGAGAUUGCUAGAGAGGAAUUUGGAUCCUGCUUUGGAGUUGAUGGAGGAAGACUCGGGGAUUUCAUUUCAUUGGAUGAUGAAGUUUGCUUCGGGAAGACUACUAGAUUGGGGAGGAGUUCAAGGGCAAAUGUGUGCUACCCAUGGAGCUCGUUGGCGGCAGUCAUGAUCCAGGCACUAUCACGCCGAGCAUAUUAUGUGUGGGUUGUUGAAGAUGAUGGCACAUUAGCUGGGAUUGUUACCUUUGCCAGGAUGAUGAAGAUUUUCCAGAACAUAUGAAGCCUAUUGGCUUCGGGUAGUAGAGAAAAUUUCAGACUUCAGACAAUAAAAUUGAAAAUUCAAU